AUGUACUUUCCUUUUUUAGGCAGAUUAUCAAUAACGGACUACAUCAUAGUCAUCUUAGUGUACAUCGAAAGUAUUAUAUCAUCAGUUCUUAAACUUAUACCGCAACCGAUGUUUGGCCUUUUCGAAUGGCUGAUCAACUUUUCAACGUGCUCUGAUGACAAUACCAUCGAGGAAAAGUUAAGAGCUGCUCCAACCAUCCAUGAAAUGUGCGCAAUUUUCGAUAUAUCUAUCGAAGACCAUUUAGUAAGAACUGAAGAUAACUACAUUUUGACAUUGCAUAGAAUUCCACCAAUUUCUAAAAACAGGUUCAACGAUAAAGUGGUCUACUUACAUCAUGGUCUUUUGAUGUGUUCCGACGUUUGGUGUUGUAAUAUCGAGAGGCAUAAAAACUUGCCAUUUGUAUUGCACGAUUUGGGUUACGAUGUUUGGAUGGGUAAUAACAGAGGCAACAAAUAUUCCACCGCUCACUUGAAUAAGCCACCAAAAUCAAAUAAGUUUUGGGACUUUUCUAUCGAUGAAUUUGCAUUUUUUGAUAUCCCAAACUCGAUUGAGUUCGUCUUGGAUAUAACAAAGGUAGACAAGGUUAUUUGCAUUGGGUUUUCUCAGGGUUCGGCUCAAAUGUUCGCAGCUUUUUCGUUGAGCGAAAAGUUGAACCGAAAGGUCUCCCAUUUCAUAGCUAUAGCUCCUGCCAUGACUCCUAGGGGUCUGCACAACAGAAUUGUGGACACUCUGGCUAAGUCAUCGCCCGGUUUCAUGUACCUUUUCUUCGGCAGGAAAAUUGUGUUACCUUCUGCCGUGAUUUGGCAAAGAACUUUACAUCCAACACUCUUCAAUUUAUGCAUUGAUGUAGCAAACAAAAUUCUCUUCAAUUGGAAAUCCUUUAACAUUUCGCCGAGGCAGAAAAUUGCUUCCUACGCAAAACUUUAUUCCACGACCAGUGUAAAAUCCAUCGUUCAUUGGUUCCAAAUAUUGAGAUCUCAGAAAUUUCAAAUGUUUGAAGAAUCUGAUAAUAUGCUAAAUUCAUUGACUAGGCCUUACCAAAUUGCCAAUUUUCCCACUAGAACAAAUAUCAAAAUUCCUAUUCUUUUAAUUUAUGGCGGUAUAGAUUCCUUGGUCGAUAUUGAGGUAAUGAAAAAAAAUUUACCUUUCAACUCUGUCUUUGAUAUAAAAGUUGACAAUUACGAACACCUGGAUUUGAUUUGGGGCAAAGACACUGACAUUUUAGUUAUAGCUAAGGUACUGAGGUUUAUUGAAUUUUUCAACCCUGGCAAUAACUCACUAAAGACAAACCAGUUACUACCAUCCGCAAAUUUAGUUGAGGAAUUGCCAACCGCUACAUGGAACAUGUCUCAUCCUCCCCACGAAUACGGCAAUAAAAUUCAAUCAGCAGACCGUUCGCCUUUGUCAGUACAGGCUGAUGAAGCAGAUGAAAGACCGAGCGUUGAUAAGGCGAGGUUCCUAAGACGAGUUUUCUCUACAAGUGCCAUAGAUGAGGAUAAAGAAAGCGAGCAUGAAGACGACACGGAAGAUAAGAUUCAUAAGGAGCAGCAAAGAAGAUUAAGUGCUUAUCUUGAAUCAUCCAAUGAUCUACGACAAUUAGACGCUAAUUAUUCAACCACAGCGCUAGAUGGUUUGGGCAAGGAAUAA